UAGAGCGAAAAGAAGACCUUCUUGAUUCUCAGUCCCAGGAGAAAAUCACUAGGUAUUGUAACCCGUAUUUGGGUCAGUUCAAUUAUCCUUUUAGAAUGUGGAUCUUCCCAUAUUUGGGUGCGAUUAUAACCUUGUGUGUCAUUAACUGGGUGUUCUAGUGACUUUUCAAGAUGGAGGUUGACAGGAAAGCGAUGGUUGUUGAACUGGUGGUGGAAUCCGCUAUUGAGGACAUUGAAUCGGUAAUGAAAUGGGCUCAUCUAAGUCUGCUGGGGAGGUUGUUCAUGGACAAUCCUCUGUCCCUGACUUUGUUGCAGAAGAUAGUGAAUGGAGCAUGGGAGUGUGCCCCAAAGGUGAAGGUCUUGGAGGCUGAGAUGGGGCUGAUUAAGUUUUUCUUUGGAUCGGAAGGGUACAUGAACUGGGUUCUCCAACGGUCUCCGUGGCCAAUCAAGGACCAUGUCCUGCACCUACAACAUUGGCAACCGAUCACACAAGAGGUAGUUGAUUCCUUCAUUCAUGUUCCUUUUGGGUUUAGAUGUGGGGUAUUCCUACCUAGGGGUGGAAAUCAGUACGGUAUCGGUAUCCCAAUACCAAAUACCGAAAACCCGAAUGCCGAAUUACACCCUAAAGUCAAUCCCAAUCCCAAUCCCUAAAUGUUUCGGUAUCCCAAUCGGUACUUCGGUAUCCCAAUCGGUAUAAUCGAAUAGAAAAUUAAUUACCUUUGCAAUUAAUAAUUAAAUAUAUAAAUUAGAUUUUAUUGUUUAAUUUAGGGAAAAAAGACCAAGCAAAGAGUCUUGAAUUAGGAUGUUAUUAAGGAGAAUGGAGGAGAGGAGACAUCUCAAGUUCUUAUCAUUGGUAAUCGUUAAUUUGACGAAUUGGAGGUUGAGAGACGACUAUUAAUAGUGAUGGAAUGAUAUAUGUAUAAUUAAAUGACACUCUUGGU